UUUGUUUUUCCCCCACCCUCCAAUUGAGGAUAAAAUCAACACAACGAAAAACCCUAAUUCCAUUAAACCCUGUUGCUAGAGAGAAAGGGAGGAAGAAGAAAGAUGAGGCCAUUGGACGAGACGGAAACGAGCGUGGUGUUCGAGAAGCUCUUCAAAUUCGUCGGCAACAACCUCAAGAACAUCGUCGAUAAUCCUUCUCACGAAGGCCCCGAUUCCACCCCUGGCCGCUACUGCUUCCGCCUCCACAAGAACAGGAUCUUCUACGCCAGCGAGUCCCUCGUUAAGCGAGCCACCAACGUCGCUCGACCCAGCCUCGUUUCCCUCGGAAUCUGCAUCGGCAAGUACACUCACAGCGGCAGCUUCCACCUCACCGUUCAAGCCCUCAACCUGCUCGCUGCUAACGCCAAGCACAAGGUGUGGUUGAAACCCCAGUCUGAGAUGUCGUUUCUGUAUGGUAAUCAUGUUCUCAAGGGUGCUCUAGGUCGAAUCACCGAGAAUAUUGCUGCUGGUGAUGGGGUUGUUGUGUUUUCCAUGGCUGAUGUGCCUUUGGGAUUUGGGAUCGCUGCCAAGUCUACUCAGGAUUGCAGGAAGUUGGACCCUAAUGGGAUUGUUGUGCUGCACCAAGGUGACAUUGGAGAGUACUUGAGAAUGGAAGAUGAGCUUUGAAAGGUUUUUGGUUAGUGGGUUUUUGUUGUGUUCUGUUUAAGCAUGAUUGAUGUGAAAUUUUGUUACUUAUUGCUGUGUGACAAUGGUUAUGAUUACAUGAUUAAUUAGAAAGUUGUUUUACUUUUUAUAUGCUUUAUGUAAAAUUCCUGAGGAUUGGUUAUGUUUUCUGAUUUGAUGAAUGAUUAGUAAAGUAGUUUUAA